AUGAACACACACGACCGCCUCAUGGGUCUCGAUCUGCCCCACGGAGGGCAUUUGUCCCACGGAUACCAGACACCAACCAAGAAGAUCUCGUUCAUUUCCAAGUAUUUCGAGACUCUCCCGUACCGCCUCGACGAGUCGACCGGCCUCAUCGACUACGACAAGCUCGAGGAGUCGGCCAGUCUCUACCGCCCCAAGAUCAUCGUCGCUGGUGCCUCCGCCUACAGCCGGCUGAUCGACUACGCCCGCAUGCGUGACAUCUGUGACAAGGUUAACGCCUACCUCCUCGUCGACAUGGCCCACAUCUCCGGUCUGGUCGCAGCCAAGGUCAUGCCCGGCCCCUUCGCCUACGCCGACAUCGUCACCACAACAAGCCACAAGUCCCUCCGCGGUCCGCGUGGUGCGAUCAUCUUCUUCCGCCGUGGCGUCCGCCGCACCCACCCCAAGACGGGCGCCGAGGAGAUGUACAACCUUGAGAACCCCAUCAAUGCCUCCGUCUUCCCCGGCCACCAAGGCGGCCCGCACAACCACACCAUCGCCGCCCUUGCCGUGGCCCUCAAGCAGGCCCAAACCCCCGAAUUCCGCACCUACCAAUCCCAAGUCCUCUCCAACGCCCAGGCCCUCGCGCGCCGCCUCGGCGAGCCCAAGGAGAAGGGCGGGCUCGGCUACCGCAUCGUCAGCGGCGGCACGGACAACCACCUGCCAACAAGAACACGGUGCCCGGCGACCGGUCAGCGCUGA